AUGAGAUCGCUAUCUUAAGUUUGUAUCACAGAAAACUCAGAAAACAUUAUUGAAAAAUUUAUAUUCAAACAAAAGAAAGCAAUCACUUUGAAGUCAGACUCACCAGUAAUAACUAAAAGACAUAGUCAAUAAGCAAUGGUUAUUAUAUCAGAUUCUCCACCUAAAAAACAUAAAACUUGUAGUAGUGAAAUACCUUUGAGUAAUGGAAAAAUGUACUUGAAAAAUGGAAAGAUUCUGUUCUUGAAACAAAAGCUACCCAAAUUGGAGUUACCACAAGCAAAAUGUAAAUUUGACCCAAAAACAGAAAUCUUGAAAUGGAUAUAAACAAAUAAGAUUAUUUCUCCAACAAAAAAGAGAGUCACAUUCAGGGCAAUAAAAGAAUCAAAUGGCUAAAACAGAAAAUCAUAAAUCUUCUGA